AUGUGGCUCCCCAGUCUGUACCCGUCGAGUUACACCCUAAUAGCGGGUAUCAGCUUUGUGUCCAUCCUCACUCUCUUGGUAAAACUCCGUCAUCUUGCUUCGGAUAUCAAAAUCAAGAGGCUCGGCGGUGCUCGAGCGCCCAUUUUGGCGGGCAAUCUGCUGUCAGCCUCCAAGCUAUACUACGAGAUUGGCAAGAACCAGUACAACAACCAGCUCGUCGACUGGUGCACAAGGCAGCUGGACAAGCUCCCGCUCGGAAGGCGAACCUUUGCGGAAUUCAGCCUCACGGGCUCCAAACGGGUCCUCAUCACCAGAGACCCGGACCAGAUCAAGGCCAUCCUGGCCACCAACUUCUCCAGCUUCGGCCAUGGACCCAUGUGGCACAAGCUGUGGCGCCCCUUUCUCGGAGACGGCAUCUUUGGCGUCGACGGACAGCUCUGGCACGACAGCCGCAGCAUGAUCCGCCCCAUGUUUGCCAGGGACAGGCUGCGGAAUCUCGCCAUCUUUGACGCCUGCACCGGCAGGCUGCUGCGCAAGAUUCCCUCUGCUGGGGUCGCCGUUGAUCUGAAGGACUUGUUCUACCGCUGGGCUUUGGACACGACGACGGAGUUCCUGCUGGGGGAGAAUGUGAACAGCUUGGACUUUCCCGAUACUGAUGUUUUCAAGGCGAUGCAUGUUGCACAGCGGAUACAAAUGUACAUCUUCGUCCUCAACCCAAUCGCACCGUUGAUACCCAAAGGCGACUAUCACCGAGCCAUCAGGAGAAUCGAAGAGUUCAUCGAGCCAGCCAUUGCACGAGCCCUGGCCAUCCCCCAUGCUCAACUCGAGGAGCUCUCCAAGUCAGACAUGGACUUUACGUUUCUGCAUAGCAUCGCCCGCUACACUAGGGAUCCCAAAGUAAUCCGAGACCAGAUCAUGUCCGUGAUUCUCGCCGGCAGAGACACCACGGCGGCGACUCUAUCGUGGGCAAUGUACGAGCUGUCCCACUAUCCCGAGAUCUGGGCCAAGCUGCGCGCCGAGGUGCUUGCCACACUGGGGAACCAGGCGACGCCGACGUACGAGACGCUCAAAGAUCUAAAGUUCGUCAGGAACAUACUCAACGAGACGUUGCGGCUUCAUCCAGCUGCUCCCCUCAACAUGCGCCAGGCGCUGGAGACGACCACCAUCCCGGGCCGGCCAGGCGAGGCAGACGUUGUUCUCCUCAAGGGAGACAGCGUGACGAUUAACACGCUCGGGAUGCACACGUGCGCAGAGCUGUAUCCGCCUGCUUCCGAGACGUUUGCAGAUCCAAGGAUAUUCAGCCCCGAGAGGUGGGAGCAUUGGACGCCAAAGCCCUGGACAUAUCUUCCGUUUUCUGGAGGGCCCAGGAUAUGCGUCGGCCAGAACUUUGCGCUGACUGAAAUGGCAUUCUGCUUGGUGCGACUGGCGCAACGGUUUGAGAGCAUCGAGUAUCGCGGUGACUGGGCGGCCCAGAAGCUGCAGGCGGACAUCAUCGGGACGCCCGCCUUGGGCAUUCCCAUGGCGUUGUACGAGCCCGGUGAGAAGCUGGAUGUGCCGUUUAAAUAUGGUGUUUAUUAG